GCAACAACAUCCAAAACGUAGCCCAUUUAUAGCGAGUCCAGAAAUGUGAAAUAUAACCGGCCCAAAACAUAGAUAAUCGUGGUCUGGAACGCCAGGGUUUUUCGAGUUCAUCAACAUAGUCCUUGGAAGCUGUAUCCUUUGGUUUCUUAUCGAAUCUGUGGCAGGCGUAAGGAGGAACUAAGAGUUUUCACCUCCGGCGUGGAAGAGUAGCUGGAAGCAGGAUUCUCACUGCGUUCACUUGAAGCUUAGGCAAAAUCAUGGCUGAAGAGGAAGUCCAGAAUGAAAUGAAGGAGGAGUCGAAGGAUGAAAUUGCGGAUAUUGCUUCAUUUGACCCUACAAAGAAGAAAAAGAAGAAAAAGGUUGUCAUCCAAGAUCCUGCAGAUGAAUCUGUUGACAGCUUAGCUGAGAAAACUGAAAGUUUGUCAGUUUCAGAAGUUGGGGAGACCUCGUUUUCUGGAAAGAAGAAGAAGAAGAAAUCUGUACACACUGAUCUUUUGAAUGAUGAGGCAGAGAAUGCAGUGGAUGAAAUAGAUGAUCACUUUGGGGACGAUGAGGAAGCUGAAGAAAUUGUUCUCCAUCGCUAUCCAUGGGAAGGAAGUGACAGGGAUUAUGAAUAUGAGGAGCUUUUAGGUCGAGUGUUCAAUAUACUUCGUGAAAAUAAUCCUGAGCUUGCUGGGGACAGGCGUAGAACAGUAAUGAGGCCUCCCCAAGUCCUUCGUGAAGGCACAAAGAAGACAGUCUUUGUUAAUUUCAUGGAUCUUUGCAAAACGAUGCAUCGGCAGCCAGAGCAUGUCAUGACUUUCUUGUUGGCUGAAAUGGGGACUAGUGGAUCACUUGAUGGGCAGCAACGAUUGGUCAUCAAGGGAAGAUUUGCUCCAAAGAAUUUUGAAGGGAUCCUACGUCGAUACGUUAAUGAAUAUGUUAUUUGCAAUGGCUGCAAAAGUCCAGACACUAUUCUGUCGAAGGAGAACCGGCUUUUCUUCCUUAGAUGUGAAAAGUGUGGUUCUGGAAGAUCAGUUGCACCGAUCAAAGCUGGUUUUGUUGCACGUGUUGGACGUCGGAAAGCUGGAGCCUAAGCUGAUCUUAUUGUGUUCCUGGAAUUGAUAUAUAUAUUUCUAAUAUAUCUGAAAAGGCCUGAAGUAUGCUAAAUCCUACCCGUAGUCCGACUCAUCGUGAAUUGUUUGUGGAAUUUUGGAUACAUUUGCUUAUAAAACUCAUUCACUUGAUGCGCGUUUGUUUUGGUAUUUUGUUGACUCGUUUUUUGCCCCAUCAUAUGUGUGCCUGUAUCGCUGAUUCGCUGUAUGGUUAUAUCUUAUUUCUGAUCAGUUAAAGCUUUAGUACACUCAUUAAAUGAAUAAAAUGGCACGUUUUUAUGAAAAUAUAUUUUAUCC